ACAUGACUCGCAAAGCAGGAAGUGAGUGCUUCAGUCUCACAAAGUGUACUGUACAUCCAGCAAGAAAGUCCGUCCUGAUCAGUGGUUAUUAAUUUUUUUUCUAUCCCCCACAGUCGGUUGAAAAAUAAACGAUCAAUAACAUCAAGAUGUUUUCGAGGAUUCUCUUUGUGACCCUUGUGCUGUCUGUUUUGGGGACUUCUAUAGGCGUAGAAGACUGUACAGAACUGGCGUCCUGUGAUCUGUGCACAAACACAGCUGAAUGUGUGUGGUUGAAUUGCUCAGACGGAAAGUUUUCCUGCUAUAACAAUAAUGCUAGUUUGGAGGCUAACUGCACCAACACCACCUGCUCAACUAAUACAACAACGACUACAGCUCCCCCAGAGCCGACCACCACAGCGACUGCCAACGUCACCACAAUGACCGCCAACGUCACCACAACGACUGCCAACUCCACCAGUGAAUCUACAUCUACACAAGCCACGUCCAUUUCCACUGCAUCUACCCCAUCAAAUGCCACCACAACAGCGCUGCCUCCCACUCCUAAGAAGAAAGCGACGUUCGAUGCUGCCAGUUUCAUCGGCGGUAUCGUCCUCGUGCUCGGCCUUCAAGCCGUUAUCUUCUUCCUCUACAAGUUUUGCAAGUCCAAGGACCGCAACUACCACACUCUGUAAAAAAAAAAAUAUAUGGCACCAUUUAGACACACCAUGUUGCACAUCAAGUACAUGUACACACACACACACACACACACACACACACACACACACACACACACACACACAAAAACUCUUCGAUCUUCCUCCAUCCUCUUGUGCCACAUGAUUAUUUGAUGCCUGUGGUUUGAGCUUUAUAUGUAAAUGAAGUGAGGAUGUGAGUAAACACACACACACACACACACCAUAAAUUGUCCCCCAGAAGCAUUGGCAUUGUCACUUAACCCAUUCCCAUGUCUUAGUUUUCUUAUUCACAUGGUCGUCUUUCCCAGCAGUUCAAUUAAAAAUAAUCGCUCCACCGCUCCAGGCUGCGUAUCAUCACAUCGACGCCGCCAUUUUGUUCUCGUUUUAGUCCGAGCAGGUUUUCGAUGCCACUGCUUCUACGAGGUGGAGGUUAAACGUCACCACGGCCCGUUUCCUUACAUUUAAGCAUCAUCUGAUCAGGGUCAUGUUUCGACACGCAAGUGACAUCACACUAUUUUUGUUUUUGUUUUCUGCAGACCUUGUUCACGCAGACUUCGCAUCAUGAGAACAGAGGGCCAAUACGCUCCUCCACCCACACAAUAUCAGUCUCCCUGAUGCCAUAGAUGCAUGUUGACAUUUUUUUUGUGUGUGUGUGUGUUGUAAUUUAUUUCUUGCUUGAAGCUUUGCUUUAAAAAAAAACAAAAAAAAAACGAAAUGACACCGCAUGACCUAUUUGCAAUAAAUCAUCACAACUAGCUCAGAUUUACCGUCUGCGUUGCCAGGAUUAGUGAAUUAAAAAGCCACUAGCCAAGUCCUUUACUAUAAACGGUAAUAACGAAGCGUAUUGUAAACCCGAAGUGGAUGCUUUUGAGUUGCUUUGGUCCGUGUUUUUUUUUUUUUUUUUUGGGUCAUCUGCCCUUCCUCUUCUUUGAGCCUUAAACGUGUGAAUGCAUGAGUAUAGACUCUGGUCUGCUACUUCCUGCUGGCGCAGGCUGUGUGUGUUCUGUGUGUGCGUACUCUUAUUAUAUUAUCAGUGAGGUUGAUUAAAGGCUGCCAGCUGGACUGUUUGCAAUAUUAUAAAGAAUAUAUUAAUUAACGAUCACUUAACAAUAGUUCAGUUCUGCGUCGAGGUUCGUGAAACAAUUCCACCCGCCUUUAUGCUUUUCUGCUGCGUGUCGGCUUUUACAGUCCCUUCCACUUCAUCUACGUUUAAUUAAUUAAAUAAAAAAAAACGGUGUGAAAAUCCUAAGGUACUAAAAAAAAUAAAAAAUCACUAAACAUGUGCUUUCUUUGUGUGUGUGUGUGUGGGUGGCCACUGCAGCUGUAUGUUUUUUGUUUUUUAAUGGAAAGAAGGAAGACUCUUGUCAUCUGUGAGUUCAGGUCAGAGGUCACUCACAUCCUGUUUUUGUUGUAUCCUCAUUUUUUUGUUCAGUGUGUAAAAAGUGUUAGAGUGGGAAAACUCAGUCUGAGCUGCUUUGUCUUUCUUAAAGACUUUUCUCAGAAUUUUCCCAUAUAUAUAUAUAUAUAUAUAUAUAUAUAUAUAUAUAUAUAUAUAUAUAUAUAUAUAUAUAUAUAUAUAUAUAUAUAUAUAUAUAUAUAUAUAGUAAUUCAGGAGGCUGUUUUGGCUUACCUGGUGACAAUAUGAUUCAUUAUGUUUUUUUUUCUUUUUUUCUGAUUAUAUAUAUAUAUAUAAAAUGAUGUUGACCUGCCAAAUACAUGCAAGCACCGCUGCAUUUUGCUGUGUACUUAGUUUGAUACACUGUUCAUGAAAUUUGCCGGAGAAGAAUAGUGCCUGAAAAUAAAUGAAGGGUUUGACUUUGAGUAGUCGUGAUUAGCUUUGCUGCUAAUAAUAAUUAUAAUAAUAAUAAUAAAUGAUGCCGUCUGUUUUGAUAAAUAGCUUGUCAUUCAGUCAAGUUGGGUUUGGUUCUUAUUAAAGCGAUUUGUUGUUGUUGUGGGCGCCAUGAUUUUAUUCAAAUUUUUCUUUCCUUUCCGACAUUGCUCAGCGCCUACGUUAUUGCUGUCAUUUCGAUUUUUGAUCCAUUAAACGUCUGCCUUCGCAACUUUCGCCAAAACCACUUAAGCCAAUUUUGUGUCGUUCGAGCCGAUUGCUUUUACGCCAGAGGUGUCGACGUGAGCGUGAUGAACAUCUCCAUUAACGUUUUGCCUUUUUGCACUGGGAUUGUCAGUCACAUUAACUGUUAAUACAAAGUUUAGUGCUCGCUUGAAGCAUAUCCUACUUCUCCUAGUUUUUGUCUGGACAUUGAUUUAUGUAGCUAGGAUGAAUAACCAAAGUCAUGUUAUACAAGCAUCCCUCUUUUUUUUUUUUUUUUUCUCUGGUGGAGUGAUGCUAGGGUCAGAUUGUUUUCUCACAGAGCUAUCUGAUGUCAUCCUACUCUCUCUCUCUCUCUCUCUCUGUCGUCACAGAGCUCGUUUGUGUGGCACGGUAGCAUUCGGAUUAGCCCCAUGCUGAAACACAAGCACUGUUGAUUUCUAUAGAAACAGCCAUGACAAAUGAACCCGCUUUAUUUUUGUCGUUUCUCCCUGAACUGUAAUUACUCGUUUCUUGUUGCAUUUCUUGAAGACGAAGUGCCUUAAUGAUGUAGAAGGUUUAAAAAUGAAGACGUGUUUGGGGAGGGAGUUCUGAACGUUAAUACGGUGUAGAAAACUGAGAGUCGAGUGGGAUGGGAAAGCUUACGCCAUUGUCCUCUCUGUAUUGGUUCAUAUGAAAUCCCAGCACUUAUUUUCCUUCUCUCGGCUUUUUCCGUGUACACGAAUCAGAGAUGUAUUCAGGUUUGAGUGAGAGCAAACUUUAAUACACAUUCCUGCACCUGUACUUGCUAUAGUUUUUUUUUAUUUUUUUUUAUGUUGCCACAAGAUCUGCCUUAAAAUGUUUUGAGCUCUGGAAUCUUUGGUUUGUUUUGCGUUCUUUUUUUCUUUCGAGUUUUGCAGUGCCGAUUAUGUUUGAAAAUGUUCAAAUUCGAUAAUUAAUUAAAAACUGAGUAAAACGACAAA